AUGGGUCGUUGGAUGCGAGUUCCGCGUAAAAGUGCCGACGGUACCUUCACUUCGCACAAUCAGCACAGUAAGGUAGCACCACAAGUGCGACUGAUUGACUACGAACUUUACCGUUACAUCCGCGGUGCUGUGAUGGACAUCAUGCAUGAUCCAGGAGCUGCGUUAGCCAUCAUUGCUUUCUGUAAUCUAUACAAGUACAAGGUUCUUAAAAGCACCGCUAUGACUGCUUAA